AUGAUAAAGUCCCUUCUCAUCAUUCUGGUUCUUUGUGUGUGCUGUUCUAAUGCAGUCUUUCAGCGCUGUAGAAGUGUGCCGGUGCUUGCUACUAUCCCAGUUUGCCCAUCUGGAAGUGUCGUAAUUUAUGGGAACCAAUGUUGUCCUGCAAAGCACUAUUAUGAGGUGUCGAGCCUCGCAUGCAAAGGAGCUUGGAAGUCAGCAGGGAACUCCGGAGUGUGUCCUUAUGGACAAUCGAUGUUUUGGAUAAUCGAUGAACGCUAUUGUUGUGAUAACAAAGAUAUCUAUGAUGCUGCGACUGCAUCCUGUCAUGCUGGUGGAGUUUUAGGAGCUGCUAUAAACGGACAUUGCGCAACUAACUAUUUUGUAACUAAAGGAAAUAUGUGCUGCUGGAAAAACUACAUUUACUGUAACCUGGUUACUUCAAAACGUUCCCUAAUUCAGUUUUUUCCAGAGUCGAGCAACAAAAUUUGGUUUCAAAAUUAUUCAAAUAAUUGA